AUGUUUCGCUUCCGCAAUAUCAGACUAUUCAGCACUACUUAUACCCGAGCCUCAUCUAAAAUCCAUACCCCACAAAAACCCCUUGGAGAAAUUCAAGGAAAACCUGUCAAGAAUUAUUAUGUCGAUGAGAACAACAACGUAGUAAUUAAGGUGAAGCCAUUAUUGAGGACAAAUGAACCGGUGGAGAACAAACGAAGAAGAUUACUUUAUCAAUCUCGGAAGAGGGGUAUUCUUGAAGCCGAUCUUCUAUUGAGUCGUUUUGCCGACAAAUAUUUGAGCACAAUGACGGAGGCUGAUUUGAAUGAGUAUGAUAAACUAUUGGAUGAAAUGGAUUGGGAUAUUUAUUACUGGGCCACUAAGAACUACGAAAUCACACCAUUGCCUGACAGAUGGAAACAUUCCAAGGUUUUAACCAUGCUUCAGAAGAUGAGCAAAAAUCCCGGCAAAGAGAUACUUAGGAUGCCUGACUUGGAGGAGCGUAAGAACUGA